AUGUACAAUGAUGAACAACCAAACUUGAUUUGGGAUCACGACCCCCUUGACAAUAAUAAUAAUUUACAGCAUGUAUCCGCUGUGCUUUGGAUUGGCAUUUCCUUUCAACAACAAGCAUCCUGUGCACACUUUCAAAAAGUCUGGGAAAGCACAAAACGUAAUCAUCAAAUGGCACAACCAAUCCAUUAUAUCAUCAAUCCCAAUGCCAAUGAGGCGCUCCAAGAUCUACAAAGUGUGGUAGGACAUCUUGGGCCUAGUAAUGUGGUAACGGUGGAAGCUACCAGUGAGGAUUUGUUGGAGUCUUUUGCCUUUACCAUUGACUGA